AUGUUACGGAAAAUUCUAUUUGAUGCCAACAAGGAGAAACCGUUUACACAAUGUCACCUCAUUGGAGCUUCGCAAAUAUUUAUGAUACCAGCUCCUGAACUAGACAGUAAAGUUCUGCGAAUCCGAGCGUCCAAAUUCAACUCGAAACUGGAGUUUCAUCUCAAAAGUGUGCAUCGCAGUUACUCUCAAUCAUUCCUUCGUAUAGAUAUUGAUCCGAUGAAGGAGCUGCUACGCCACAAUCAAUGGUCCAAAUCGUUCGGUGCAAAAACUCAAAUUUUGGAUGGACCUCAUAUUCGUCUGUGUGAAUUGAAGCUGAUCGAGAGAUGCAAAGUGGAUAAGCAACCGUUGUCCUCGGACGUGAAAGAUCAAGCACUGAAAAUCGGAUUGUUGGACUCGCAUCAACAUGAAGUGACUGAUUCACAGACCGGUUCGAGAAUGAAAUACAAUUUUUCGACCGAAAUUGUUGAUCCGGAAGCUGACGUGGAAACUUGGGAAAAAUUGAGAGAAACGGAUAUGGAGUUUUUAAAGCCUCCAAAAACUUUGUCGACACCACCGACGGCUCCACUGGACCUGGGAGAUUACGAGCUAGCGGACGAUCUAUCGGCCAGUUUUGAGGCGAGCCUAUUAGCUAGCUUGAAAGAAGCAGCCAUGGGAUCAUCCAAGAAGGACUCUUCAAGCAUGGAAAGUGUGGAUCGACAAUCCCCGUGCAGAACCACACACAUUCCAGGUAGUACCGCCCCACUGUCAGCUGGUGACCUUCGCCCGAAUGAAAAAUCAUCAGUGGUCUCAGCAAAGCGCCCAGUUCCUCAGCGAACUGAAGCAUUACCUACGAGGAGCAGUCGCUCAUUCGCUCACAUUCCAAAACCGUGGACGGAUACCAAACGUCCCGAUCCAUCCAAUAUGGAGCAUCACAGAAAUCGCAUUCACGAGGAGGCCAGUUUCAGUGAUGACGAAAGCUCACUGGCCACAACCACAGCCGGUUUAGGCUCACUUGUGAACUUUCCACAUCCGAGGAGACAGCCCGUUGUGCCCGACUCAGCCCGGACAACACAACCGUCUACAGUUUCUGAUUCGUUUAGUGAAGAAGCGCCAAUUGUUCGAACUCCGCUUACACCCGUGAACGUGCGAACAUCAUUUUGUCGCAUGGACAGUUUGGACGAGACCUCGUUGAUGCUGACUGAUAAUUCCGUGCUCAGUGCAGUCAUGGAUCUAGAGUAG